GCAGAGGAACGUGAAUCAAUAAAUGUGGAGUUACUUAAGAUUUGGAAGCUAAUCAAUCGCGCAAACUGGACAUUUAGAACUUUAAUCACCCUCUGAUUGUGAUUGUUUACGUCUAGAUAUAAUCUUGGUAGUAAGUCCCGCGACGGCCUCGUCAAAUUUCGUGUACAGAAAAUGGUGGACGCUGCACGCCAAAUGCUCGAUGAGCUAAUGGGGCGCAAUCGAAAUUUGCAUCCUUCGGAAGCGGGCCUUAAAGUUAACUGGGAAGACCCAGAGUUUUGUCAAUUUUACAACGUAAAAUUCUGCCCACACGAUCUCUUUAUAAACACUCGAGCUGACUUGGGGCCGUGUCCGCGAAUCCAUGACGACGAGGCUAAGCACUUAUAUGAGGACGCACGGCCCUCGACGCGCAAGCGUCAGAACGAAGAUGAUUUCCUACGCUUUUGCAACGUAAUGCUGCAUGAUGUGGAUCGCAAAAUACAGAAAGGCAAGCAACGCCUUCAGCUCAUGCAAAAGGAUCACCCGUCAUCCCAUCCGGUGGCAUCGAAAUAUCAGGAGCAGCUAACUAAUUUGAAUGCCCGCAUCAACAAAUUGCUUGUAGAGGCGGAGGAGGCGGGGAUUCGCGGUGACGUGGAUCAGGCGCAAGGAUUAAUGACCUUGUGCGAGGAGCUGAAAGAGGAGAAAGAAUCUCUGCAGCAACAAUACGAGGCAAAUCUCAAAAGCAACAAGCGUGCUGCCUCGCCAUCACAGCAAGUCAUAAAUCCCAAUGAUAGUCCUGCAAUGCCUGCAAUUGUACACGGCAAUGAGGCAUCCACCAGCCCCGGCGCAAACUCAAACGAUGUACCCGGCAACGAUAGCACAGAAUCCAAUGAGGCUGCUGAUGCAACAACAACAACGGCAACAGCGUCGCUAGAAGAUAAAUCAGAUACAAAAUCCCCAGCCAAUUGGUCACACGACACCUUGCCCGAGAAACAGAUGAAGGUAUGUGAGAUCUGUGGCGCAUUUCUGAUCGUCGGCGAUGCUCAGCAGCGCAUCGAGGAUCAUUUAAUGGGCAAGCAACAUUUGGGAUAUUCCAAGUUGCGUCAUGCCGUGGCCGAAAUAAACGAUAAGCGGCAGAAGGAGCGAGAAGAAGACGAACGGCGUCGUCGCGAAGAGCGCCAACAUCGUGGCAACACAUACGAGAAUAGACGCGAUCAGCGUGAUUACAGAGAGCGCAGUCGAGACUACACAUCCAGUCGGCAGUCGUCAGAGCGAAGACAUCAUCAUCACAAGUCACAUCAUGGCCAUUCAUAUUCGCGCAGCAGCAGCAGCAACAACAAUCGCAGUCGCCACCAUUACCGACAUGAUAGUCGCGAGCGGCAAAGCCGCAGUCGCAGCCGCUACUAAAUGCGCCCAAACGGCCAUCACACUGUACAGAUAAUAAAACCAAAAAACAUAAAAAACAACAGAAACAAAAAUUUGAAAAAGCAAGCAAACAAUAAGAACAAUUACAACAAACUAUGUAAACCUUGGGAAUGCAAAACAGAAAUACAAAAAACUGCGUACAUUUUAAGGACGUAAAUAUUAAAUCAAUCAGCAAGCAUCAUCCUCACAUCCACAACUUCGAAUGCCAACACAUCUGUCGAUCACAUCGUCAAUCAAGGCGGCUUUCAACACCCAAAAAAAGCAAUGAAAUAAGAGAAAAGGCACCCAAGCUGCCUGUAAAGGAUUGAGGUACUCCAAAUAAUUAACACAUUUCAAUAAUAUAACAGACAGUCUAAAAAGUACACAUGUAUAUUCACGGUGAACUUUCCAUAUGCCAAUAGUGAGUCAGCCAAACAAACAAACAAACGAUUAAAUGAUUUAAAUGAAAGAGAGGGAGUACUUUGAAAAACGUGUCGUGGGUUGCUUCGGGAUCAAUCAUUCCAGGUAUUUACCAUGCAGUUUUAAUUAGUCUAAAACGAAACAUUAUAACCUGACACACACGCACACACACAAAAUCACAGACACAUACAAUAUUGAUAUGCAUGGGAAUGCUGCCGAUGCUCUCUCUUGGGCUACAAUCAUGAAAGUCGCUCCUUCGACAGAGGCUUUCUAAUUGUUAUCUCCCCACCACCACUCCUCACGCUUAACUUCACUUUCCAAGAGCGAAAAGUGUUGUAUUGCCAAUGCGCCCAGAGCAAGGCUGCGACGCGGACCAAAGUUUUAAACAUACACACACAUAAAGUAAUGAUGUGUAUGUGAAGCGACCUCGAUUGAACAGAAGAACCAGGUAACUUCUAUGCACAGUAAUUUCUCUUCAUGACAGACAAAGAUGGCGCGCCCGUUGAUGUCUACACUGUGGUUCAGGAUUAAAAAACCGAACCACAACUCCUCCAAUACAUACAUACAACGAUUUGUAUGUGAAAACGUACUUAGCACGAAAUACGAGGUGAAUUACUAUCGAUAUUAUUCACAUAUGUCUCCUUCGUUUUCUCUAUCCAUCACCCACUCUCUCUCUGAAUAUAUCCAUCUUAAUACCUUCUUCGUUCAAAGUUUGAAUAAAAUCAUUAUUGUCACAUUUUGUUUCGACUGCCUUUUCUUGAAUGUAUCCUUCACAAACACCACACGCAAGCAAUUUGUAUUCCUCAAAACCACCGAAAUACCCCGACAUAUAUUUUAGAAGCGUGCACCCAAAAUUGGCAAUGGGGAGACACAUGCGUUAUAAUGUGUUCUUCUAAAAUCAUGCUCUUACCUUUUCGGGGACCAGCUCAACAUACAGGCCUGUUCCGUUUCCGCGUUCGUUCAAAAUUAGCGGAUAUGAUUUCAAAAGCAAUUUAGCAAUUCGGAUUAAAGAGCUCUAGUCUACGCACUCCACUUCUUAAGCCGAAUAACUUCAACUUUGUACGAGAUUUGAAAAAUGUAUCAAUUACGAUGCCGCGCGAUUCGAAUUCCGUAUGCGGAAAUGGUAGCCGGUCUGAGGUUCUUUUUUUUUUUUGAAGUUUAUAAAAAUUCCCCUACAUGCAACUAGAGGUUUGUCUUUCGAAAGGUUUGUGAAGGAUAUCAUCGUACUGUGGCCAUGCCGUAUGUUUCUCGAUUCCCUAUUGUUUGCAUACAUAAUAAUAAUAAUAAUAAUAUUACAACUUGGUUUAGUGCAGUAAUUUAAACAAAAAGAAGAAACCCAGCAAAUAAUGUAGUCAUGUAAAAUUGUUUUUAAAUUAUAAAAAUAUGAAUUAUAAGUAUCUGCUGAGACUCGCAAAACAUUUUUAAUAAAAAUAAUACAAAAAAAUAUAUAAAAAAAUUGAAUAAAAAGUA